CGGUUGAGCCGUCCCGUCAUACCUCGCGUGGCCAACGGCUCUCCGCUCGUCCAUUGAAUCGCCGAAACUCAACCAGCUCGGCUCGAUUCGGUGAAACAAUUUGGCCGCGAACCGGGUCGGACUGUGCCUAUUGGACACCCGCUAGACCCCUGGUCUUGUGUUUUAUCUGACUGCGGCGGUUCGGGCCGUGCUUUUGCCUGGGUUUGGUCGCGGGGGAGGCAGUUGUUGGGGGGGGGGAAAGAGAAGCGCUUAGCUUUUGGUCCCGAGAGCCGAGCGAUGAUGGAGCUGGAGUCGGCCAGUAACAGAAGCGAACUGGGAGCUGUGGGAGACUCGCUGCAGCCACAGACUCCCAGCAGACACGAGAAGAGCCUGGGACUGCUCACCACCAAGUUUGUGACCCUGCUGCAGGAGGCCAAGGACGGAGUGCUGGAUCUGAAAGCGGCGGCCGACACCUUGGCAGUGCGGCAGAAACGACGUAUCUACGACAUCACGAACGUGUUGGAGGGAAUCGGGCUGAUAGAGAAGAAGUCCAAGAACAGCAUCCAGUGGAAGGGUGUCGGUCCGGGCUGUAACACCAGAGAGAUAGCCGAUAAGCUGAUCGAUCUAAAGGCCGAGCUAGAUGACCUGGCUCUCAGGGAACACGAGCUGGACCAGCAGAGAGUCUGGGUCCAACAGAGCAUCAAGAAUGUCACAGACGACUCUAACAACAGCCCUAUGGCCUAUAUAAAACACGAAGACCUCUGUGGAGCUUUUAAAGGUGACACACUCCUCGCAAUCCGCGCUCCCAUUGGCACACAGCUAGAGGUCCCUAUACCAGAAUCUAUCCUGAACGGACAGAGGAAAUACCAGAUCCGUCUCAAGAGUUCAUCUGGUCCCAUCGAGGUUUUGCUGGUCAAUAAGGACCCGUCCAGUGCCUCUCCCGUUGUUUUGCCCGUCCCUCCUCCAGAUGAUGUCCUUCAAAGCCUCCCAGCACCGAUACCUACCUCUCAGCCGCCCCCUGCUGCCUCCCAGGUCCCCAAAGCAGCUCUAACAACUUCUACAAAACCUGUUUCGGUCACAACGUCAGCUACAGCAGCUAACCAGACGGCCUCAGUGACAGAAGUGACGAGCACCACGCCACUCACCCCGACAACAGAUACACCUGCGACAGUUACUCAGCAACUACAGUCUUCUGCCUCGUUGGAUGGAUCUGCGUCCUCUUCUGCCUCUGUAGUGUUUGAACCAAUUAAGUCGGAUCCCUCCGAAUUGCUGGACUUCCCCAAAGAGCUCUCUGACAUGUUUGAUCCAACAAAAGAGAUCAUGAGUGGAGACCUGUUGGAGGACUUGAUGUCCUCAGAAGUGUUCUCGCCUCUCCUCCGUCUGUCCCCUCCACCCAGCGACCACGACUACAUAUACAACCUGGACGAGACAGAAGGCCUGUGUGACCUCUUUGACGUCCCCAUUCUCAACCUCUGACCCCAGAGAUUGUCGUCAGAGUGUGAGGCAGUUUGCCAAAACGUGCUAAUCUAACUUCAUUUUCUCCACGUUUCCCCUCCCUCCUCACUGUCGGUGAAGGCGAGAAAGAGGUGCAGGACAGCCGAUAUGUUCUGAUGAGCGUUCAAGGACACCUCUGCACUGACACGGCGAGCUCGAGCUGAGCUCAGCGCCACAGUAGCUACAUGUACAGCCUCAUGAAGAAAAUACAGGCGAGAACAAAACAAUUUACUUAGUGCUUUUCCAAGGAAACAUAGUCAAAACAAAUGACAAAUAAUUCUAUUUUUGGAUUAUGUAUGAUAAAGCUAUUAUGUUUGCGUAUCAGCUUUCCCAGUGUGCUUGUGAGCGAGCGUGUGUGUGGGUGUGUGUGGGUGUGUGCUUGAGUUUUGUAUUGUAUGCUCUUUUAACUUGACUCAGACAUCUCCAGGAAAAAAACAAAAACAAAAAAACAAGAGAAAACCUUUUUGCUAUCAGGUAAAGAGUCAUGGCAGACAGAGCACGGCCUUUAUCACCCGGCAGCUGCUCACGCAUGGCUUUGAGUCCAAACACAGCUGGUUGAAUAAGCACUGUCCUCAUGUACAUAGAGAAUAUAUAUUUUGUAUUACCAGCACACAAAACCUAAUGUUUAACAAUGAACUACAUUCGUAACCCAGGCAGAGCAAUAGUUUGCAAAUAAACAAAGGUCCCAGACUCAUGAUCAGUACUGUAUGUAUGAAGUGCUCUUGUUCGGGGAAUUUGUUGUAAUUAAACCUUUCAGUGUUUGGGGCGGUGUUUUUGUGUACCAGGUAGAGAAAGAGGAUCUUAAUGUUGCGGUAAAGCCGAUGAGCUUUGUGAUAUAAUGAGCCAAACACCAAAACAGUGCCGGGGUUGGGUGGGAGGGGUGCGUUUUAAAGCUCUACCAUUUCUAACACUUUAAAGGGCAACAAGGUGCAAGUUAAAAUAUAAUAAAGUGUCUAAUCUAAGCUCCACAUUACAGCUAUCUUGUUCUCUAACUGGUUCAGUAACGCCCCUCUACACUGAGAUGUUUGAUUAUUAUUACAGGCUUGCUUUCAGUUUAAUUUUGCCUCUGGACCUUUGGACUUGCAGAUUUUUAUUGGCUCUGAUUUUAAAUGGAUGUAUGUCAGAGGAUUAGCUUUCUUUCCCCCCCUCACCUCUCCAAAAUGAGUUGUCUUACAAUUUAUAAUGUAUGUAUAUGAAUACCAUUGUACUGAGUUCAUUUGUAUGUAAAAGGACAUUAUGUAUUUCUGAUGUAUUUCUACUGAUGCAGUGAAUAUAGUCGCCAUGCCAUGAAAAAAAAAAUGCUCCUGUUUUUUUGCUUGUUUUUGUAUAUUUUGGCACAGAUCCCUAUUCUGUUUUAUUUUGUUUUUGUUCUGUUUCCGGUAAAUUAAAUACUGCCCAUCACUCUAAAUUUAAUUUUUCAACUCUAAUGCAAAGUGGGGGGGGGCAGGUGAGUAGCAGUUCAGGAUGAGUCAGGCCUUAAAGUACAGUAUUGAUUGACAUUAUUCAUGUUUCUAUAGUUUAUUUUCAUGUAAUGAUGUCCUGUUUUACCCUGGAUGUAUGUAUGUACAGUAUCACUGUGUAUAUCGCUCUCUACCGCUUGUAUAGAAUAGCAUUUAUUUUUUUAUACUUGAUAUAAUGUUACUGCUACUAAUUUGGGGGCUAAACGUCAUAGUUUAAGGAAUUUAUCCACAAAAAGCAUCCUGUCUCAUAGUUGCACUUUACAUCACUGUGGACAGAUUGGUCGCUACUCAUCCAGCCCCUUGAUCAGGAGCCAGUCAUUGUGUUUGGACAGUGUUGUGAGUUUUUGCCUAAUCCUUCAGUAGAGCUGCCAGGGAGUUCAACAGCACCGGGUUGAAAGAAUCACGUCUGUGUGUGUGUUGGCGUGUGAGACUCACUGCUUACAGACUGUUUUUUUAACGUGCUCACCAUUGCUAAGCUGUAGUUGCAUCAAAUGAAACUAAAAAAACACUC